AUGACACCUCCCAUAACAAACAACUCCAACGGCACACAAUUCACACAGCCGGCUGAAUGCUACAACUCGCGCGACGCGGUGUCGGCCAUGCCCUCCAAUAUCGAAUAUUAUAAUCAGGUCCCGUUGUACCAAACGAAAGAUCACUACAGAGAUAUGAAGGCGGUUUUGCAGUCUUGCUGUUCGAAUGGGGUGUGGAUUUCUGAGGAUCCGGACCCUUGCACGGCUAUCUGUGAUUCGACAAAUUCGGCUGAAGCGAAGAGGGUCAUGUACUGUUUGAAUGCUGAGCAGGUUGUUCAUGGGACCAAACUGGAUAAGAGUUCUGGGACAAUCAGGCGUCCCGCGGUGGGUUGGAUGUCUUUGAUGAUUGGGGGAAUGCUCCUGUCGGGAAUGUUUAUUUGA